UUCAAUAAUUUCUAGCAUUACUCUGUGCACGGAUGUACACGUUAAUAUUGAUGCUUUUAAGCGAAAUAAGUACACCAUUGGGAUAACAGUACCAUAGGAUUAUUGUUCAGCAUAAAUGAUAUUCCAACGUAAUGUGACUUGGAAGUACAAAUCGAAAAAACGACAUACAAUGGAUAUUAACAUAGGAUUUAAUUCCCCAGGAACUAUUUAGUAAAGCCAGUGUUUGGCUAAAGAGUUCGCACUAAGAUUCCUGAAUCUACUUGGAACUAUUACUCUCGCCCAACACGCUGGCUUCCUUUCCUAAUUCGGAUACCCCUACAAUAACUUUAUGGAACCUGUCACGGUGGACACUGGACCAGACGUAGGUCCUGUCGGUAAGAAAGAAUACGACAAGGAUUACGAAACUGACACAAGCAAAUUGGAUACUUACGAUGAGGGCAAAUUAAAGGAGCAUAACCAUGGGGGUGUGGAUGGUAAACUCAAUGAUGUAAAUCCUCAAGGCGAUGAGAGUGAAAAGAAGGAGACAAAAGAUAAUGCGGAUGAGGAAAGUACGGGAAUACUAGAAGAGGUAGAGAGAUUUCGUGAUCCGAAUGUUGUUGUUGUGAAUGGUACGUAUUUAACUCAGGAGCAACCUAAACCACAGGCUAUCGAGGAGGAGAGGGCACCAGGCGUUGUGCAGUCUGAAGGUGCUGCCCCCUCUGCCGAUCCUGUGGCAGAGAAACACGAGAUGGAACCACAGAGAGAGGAAACGACGCCACCGGCCGCGGCGGAGGAGGAAACUAGGCCGGAAACAACAGAUGAACCUGUAGAGGUCCGUGAAGGAGAGAAACAGGAGCGACCUGUGUCUACCCUGUCCACGGAGCCUUCAGAAGGGACAUCAUCUGUUUCAGAUGACCACAAAAGUAGUGGUGCUAGUGCAACAUUGUUUGGUAGUCUCAGGAGGUCCUUCGGUAAGGGUAAGAAGGAGACAGAAGACGAGCCUGCAGAGGAGAAGCCAAAGAAAAAGAAGAAAGGAAAGAAGGGGAGGAAAAGAAAGGAGCAACCCGAGAUGCCUGCAGAACCUCCUAAGGAGGAGGAGAAGAAAGACGAACCUCAGGAGCCCGAGGCAGCAGAGCCCGAAGAGAAAGAGGGCAAAAAGAAACGGAAAAAGAAAAUAAAAAUAUUCAGUUUCAAAAAGAAGGAGGAUGAAGCAGAUGAGAAGGAGAAACCUAAAGAAGAUGUCAAACCAACGGAGGCAGCAGCAGAUGUUACCAAAGAACCAACAACAACAGAAAUGACCCAACCAGAGGCAGCGGAAACCACACCGUCCACAGAACAGCAGGAGGAACCGAUGGAAAUGAAGGUGGAGGCGAAACAACCUGAAUUAGAACACGCUCAGGAACCAGUUCAACCUCAAGAGGAGGAGUCAAUAUUAGAUGCUAUCAAAAAGAUUCCAUUGGAAACUCCUGAUCAAGGUGCGGUUGUUGUUGUGGGUUUUGAGACAGCGCCUGCCGUUGUGCAACCAGAACCUGUCGAAGUAAAACUUGAAGUACGUGAAUCUGUUGUGGAUAUGCCGGAGGGUGAAGAAAAGAAAGACAAGGAGAAGCCAGUAGAAGCCCCGGAACCGGAGGAGGCCGAUUCGUCAGCAAUUGAGGACAGAUUGGAGAGUUUUAAGGAAGAGAUGAUUGCAGCUAUGAAUGCAGAUAAUGUGGAAGCUGGGGUUACUGCGGGUAUUGGUAUUGGUGUGUCUACAGAGGAACAACCAACCAAACCAAAGGAGGAGGAGCAGCCUAAAGAAGACGAGAAGGAUCACGAACAGGUGAAAGAAGAAAAACCGGUUGAGGUCAAAGCUGAAGCAGACGUUGAAGCCAAGGCUGGUAUCACAGUUGAUGUUCCAACAGUUGCAGUAGGAGCUGCGUUGUCUGUAGAUGCUGGCGUGGAGGGUGCAGAUACCAAAGGAAAGAAGAAGAAGAAACGAAAGAGCAAAUUAUUUAGUUUCAAGAAAGACAAAACUGAUGAACAGAAGGAGAAAUAUGAAAAACCAAAGGACGAAUCUACCAAUGAGGAACACAGACAUGCAAGGGAUGACCAAGAUGAAGAUCAUGAACACAAGCAGAAAUUCAGACUUCCAAGUUUCCACUUUGGUAAAUCCAAGCAUGAUAAGGAAAGGGAAGCUGAACCUGAGGUCCAGCUUGUCAUGGCACCACAAGUUGCAGGGUCAGCGGAGGUUGAACAUGAUCAUAAACAUAGAUUUAAGCUCCCGUCUUUCCAGUUUGGGAAGCAUAAACAUGACAAAAAGGAGACAGAAGAAGGUCCUGCAUUAGAAAGGAGUGAGGAAGUCAUCACAAAUCCGCCAAGGGGAACCAUUCCUGGCCCAGGGAAACCAGUACUGGAGGAAGGUGAGAGGCCUUCUGAACCGAUUCUGGAAGUAGAGGUCGUGGGAGAGACCCCUAUUGUUCCACUUGAAUCUCUGCCAGAGGUUGAUUUUUCUGUGAAAAUUGCACCUGAACUAGAACUGGAGGUGGAGGAACCUGAUAUAAUCCCAGCAGAAGACAAGCCAGAUAAAGAACCAAGAGUAAAACUAAUAUUCGAGGACCCUAAUAUCACAGUCGAGACGCCUAAACCACAUGUCUCUGUUGAUGUACCAGAACCUAGUCUAGCCAUUGGUGGUGCAUUUGGUGUCGAAAAACCAACUGAAGAAGACAAGAACAAACCUACUAUUGAACACAAAGCCAGUUUCAAGUUACCUAGCUUUCAUUUUGGAAAGGGAAAACCAAAGAAGGACAAAAAGAAGAAGAAGAAGGGGAAGGAUGAUAAAGAACACCCAGAGGAAGACACUGAUGAUUCAAAAGAGAAGAGGAAGUCUACUACUAGUGAUGAUAGUGAUCAUGAUCACAAGCAUAGGUUUAAACUUCCAAGUUUUCAUUUUGGUGGAAAACACAAACAUGAUAAGCCCGAAAAAGAGGGUGACACUCCAACUGAGCCUGAGAUUAAGUUGGUCUUUGAGACUCCUAAAGCACCGGAGCCGGAGGUAACAGUUGCUGUCAAAGCUUCAGCAGAUAUCGAUAAGCCAGAAACAGAAGAAAAAGAACGACCUGAAGAUGAAGAAGAUGAGAAACCUAAAGAUGAUGAUGAUCAGAAACACAAGCACAAGAUCCAUCUUCCCAGUUUUGGAUUUGGUAAACAUAAACAUGGCAAGGGCGAUGGAGAGCCAGGCACGCCCACAGAACCGCAAGAAAUAAAAUUGGUUCUUGACACACCAGAACCAAACGUUGCAAUUGAAGGCUCAGGUGGAAUUGAUGUGGACAUACCUAAAGUUGAUGAUGGACAACGACCUCCGUCGGUUGUCUUAGUCCUUGAGAAGGACGACCAUAAACCUGAUGAAAAGGAUGAUGACCAUGAACACAAACAUAAGUUCAAACUUCCAAGUUUUGGCUUUAAAAAGCAUAAACAUGAUAAAGAAAAGGACGACUCGGAAGGAGAAGCGGUGACUCCAACUGACCCUGGGUUUAAAGUGGAAAUCGAUACUCCAGAAAUACCUGAUAUCCCUGAACCAGAGCUUGAUCUUUCAAUAAGGGCAUCUGCUGAUGUCGAUGUGCCAGAGGUGGAGAAACCCGAUGGCGAUCAGCCUGAAACGAAGUUUGUCCUUGAAACACCGGAAAUUCCUGAACCAGGGCUAGAUGCAGAUGUAAAGGUUGGUGCUGAUGUGGAAAUACCAUCUAGGCCACAGUCAGAAAUCAUCCUUGUAGUUGAGACACCAGAGAAGCCAAAGGAGAAAGAGGGAGGACCUUCAUCGAGACCAGUGUCUCUACUCGUUGUUGAGCCACCUGAACCAAAGGACAAGGACAAGGAUGUCAAGAAGAAAUCAAGCUUCAGAAUUCCAAGUUUCAGCUUUGGGAAGAAGCGAGACAAACCAAAGGUUGAAAAGAGAAAGAAAGAUGAUGAAGACGAAGAGGAGGGUGAGCGCAAGGAGGAGGAAAAGGCUGAUGAUAAAAAGGAUGACCAUGAACAUAAACACAAGUUCAAACUUCCAAGUUUCCACUUCGGGGGUAAACACAAACAUGACAAACCGGAAACACCAGAUGGCGUUGAUGUCACAGUUACCACACCAACACAGCCCGAAAUUAAACUUGUCCAUGAGGUGCCGGAAGUCCCGGAGCCUGAGCUGCCAGUUGUGAUUGGUGCCUCAGCAGAAGUUCAGGAACCUGAAAUUGAGAUUCCCGAGAUAAAGGAAGAAGAUCAGCCUGAAAUAAAGCUGGUUAUGGAUGUUCCUGAUCUCGACCUCUCAGCUGAUGUGAAGAUCAGGGAGAAAGAUGACGAAAAGGAUGAUGACGAAGACGAUGAGAAGAGGAAAUCAACUGCCAGCGAUGACAGUGACCACAAACACAAACACAAGUUUCAUCUGCCACAUUUCCACCUUGGCAAGCAUAAGCAUGAUGAACCAGAUGUAGACGCUGAUGUAAAAGUAGAUUCACCGACUCAACCUGAAAUGAAGUUAGUUUUUGAAGCUCCAGAACCUCAUGUGAAGACUCCCGAAGGUGACGAUGAUGAGAAAGACCAUGAACAUAAACACAAGUUCAAAGUUCCAGGUUUCCACAUUGGCGGUAAACACAAACAUGAUAAACCAGAGACACCUGAUGGGGUUGAUGUUGCGGUCACCACACCGACUGAGCCUGAGAUAAAGCUUGUUCUUGAGACACCAGAAGUGCCGGAACCUGAGGUAGCUGUUGCAGUUGAGGUUGAGCCUGAGAUGCCCGAGAUAAAGGGAGAGGUGCAGCCUGAAAUUAAGCUAGUUAUGGACGUCCCUGAUGUUGAUUUCUCAGCUGAUGUAAAGGUCAGAGAAAAAGACGAGGAGAAGGAUGACAAUAAAGAGGAUAAGAAAGAAAAGAGGAAGUCAGCUGCAAGCGAUGACAGUGACCACAAACACAAGCACAAAUUUAAACUGCCAAAGUUUCCAAGUUUCCAUUUUGGUGGAAAGCAUAAACAUGGUAAACCCGAUAAGGACGCUGAAAUUAAAGUCGGUGCAUCAGCUGAGCCUGAAAUCAAGCUUGUUCUGGAAGCUUCAAAACCAGAGCUAAAGGAUCAUGAAGUUGAAACACCCGAGAUAGCGGGUAGUGAUCAGCCGGAAUUUAAGCUGGUUAUGGAUGUUCCACAACCACAAGUUGAUAUGCCUGAGGUUGAGAACCCUGAAGUUGAUGUUCCUGAUGUUGAUAUCUCUGCCGGCAUAAAGGUUGAGAAAAAAGAUGACAAAAACGAUAAAGAGAAGAGAAAGUCAACUUCAAGUGAUGAUGAUGGUGACCAUAAGCAUAAACAUAAGUUUAAACUCCCAAGCUUCCACUUCGGAAAGCAUAAGAAAUGGGCACCUGACCAGGAGAAGAAAGAGGGAGAACCAGCCGAAAUGAAGCUGGUGUUGGAGACUCCAGAACCGCAGGUUGCUGUAGAGGUUGAAAAGCCAGAUGUGGAUGAUAAAGCCGAUGAUGGGAAAAGACAUGGAGAUAAACACAAAUUCAAACUCCCAAGUUUUGGUUUUGGAAAACAUAAGCACGACAAACCUGACAAAGAGGUGCAGAUACCUACAGGACCUGAAGUUAAAUUAGUCCUCGACACUCCUGAAAUACCAGAGGUGUCCGCUGAAGUUGAGCCUUGCAUAGAGGGUGAAAAGCCCAAGGCAGUAUUACCAGAAGGACCUGAGUUUGAGCUUGCGAUCGAAACACCAGAUGUACCAGACAUACCAAAGCCUGACAUUCCAGCUGCUGGUGAGGUCAUCGCUGAAGUUAACGUCCCUGAGAUACCAGAUGUUGAUGUUGAUACAAGACCACAGUCUAUUGUAUUAGUCCUUGAAAAGGAGGAUAAACCUGAGGAUAAUGAUGAGGACCAUGAACAUAAACACAAGUUCAAACUCCCAAGCUUUGGUUUCAAGAAGCACAAACAUGAGGGUGAGAUUGAAGGUGAAGUGGAAACUCCAACCGAGCCUGAGCUAAAACUUGUGUAUGAUGUACCCGAGACAGGGGAAGAUGGUGAUCAUGAGCAUAAGCACAAAUUCAAAAUGCCAGGCUUUGCUUUCAACAAGCAUAAACAUGGUCAUGAUGAUAUUGAGUCACCGAAGGAAGAGCCAGAGUUCAAGCUAGUUUUUGAGACCCCGGAACCGAAAGUGGAACUUGAUGUCCCCGAUGCAGAUGCACAGGUUGAUAUUGUCCCAAAACCGCAGGCAGAAAUCGCUGCCCCUGAAAUUGAAGUCCCGGACACUAAACUUGUUAUUGAUGUACCAGAGCCCGAGUUGAAAGUGGAAGGGUCUGCAGUCAUUGACGACAUCAAAGUAGCUGAGGGAGAACCUGUCGUCGAGGUAGAUUUUGACAAGCCAGAGCCACCCGAAAUAUCACUUGUGUUUGAGCAGCCACACCUAGAAAUGUCCAAAGAUGAGAAGGAUAAGCGGAAAUCGACUCUCAGUGCUGACAGUGAUCGUGAAGGGAAAAAACACAAGUUCAAACUUCCAAAGUUUCCAAGUUUUCACUUUGGUAAACAUGACAAGCCAAAGAAACCGAAGGGUGGCGCUGUUGAAGUUGAAACACCGACAGAGCCCGAGAUUAAGCUUGUGUUGGAGGCACCAGAACCUAAAGCGGAGAUUGCUGGGGCUGCAGAGGUUGAGCUCCCUAAAGUUAAUGUCGAAGAGGAACCAGAAAUCAAGCUGGUUGUUGAUGCACCAAAAAUAGACUUCGGCAUUGAUGGUAAGGGGGACGUCCAAGUACCUGAAGAUGGAGAGCCAAAGGAUGAUUUGAAAGAUAAAAGGAAAUCAACAGCCAGUGAUGACCAGGAACCAGCAGGCAAGAAACACAGAUUUAAAAUGCCAAGCUUUCAUUUUGGUGGCAAGAAUAAACAUAGUAAACCAAAGAUUGAGAAACGGGUUAAGACACCAGCAGAACCUGAGAUCAAGCUUGUCCUUGAAAUGCCUGAUGUACCUCAAGCACCAGAGCCUGAGUUGGAUGUAGUAGUUAAGGCAGCAGCAGAAGUAGAGGAGCCAGAGAUUGAGAUACCAGAGAUAAAGGGAGAAGAUCAACCUGAAAUUAGGCUUGUUAUGGAUGUUCCAGACGUCGAUCUCUCAGCUAAUGUGAAGGUUGAGGAGCCUGAGAUACCCGAGAUAAAGGGAGAGAUACAACCUGAAAUUAAACUUGUAAUGGACGUUCCAGAUGUUGAUUUCUCAGCUGAUGUGAGGGUCAAGGAGAACGAAGAUGACGAGGAUGAGGAAGAAAAGAGAAAAUCAACUUCCAGUGAUGACAGUGACCAUAAACACAAACACAAGUUUCAUCUCCCACAUUUCCACCUCGGCAAGCAAAAGCAUGAUAAACCAGAUGUGAAUAUAGAUUCACCAACUCAACCCGAAAUGAAGUUAGUUUUAGAACCAGCUAGUCCAGAGAUUGCUGUUGAGGCGUCCGGAGAAGUACCCCAACCGAAGGAAAAAGAAGAGCUUGAAAAAGAAGGGGAUUAUGAACAUAAACACAAGUUUCAUCUCCCACAUUUCCACCUUGGCAAGCAUAAACAUGAUCAACCAGACGUGGACGCCGAAGUAAAAGUAGAUGCACCAACCGAACCUGAAAUAAAAUUAGUUUUAGAUGCUCCAGAACCUCACGUAGCUGCCGAUGAUGAUAAGGACGACCAUGAUCACAAACACAAGUUCAAAGUACCUGGCUUCCAAUUCGGAGGUAAACAUAAACAUGAUAAACCCGAGACACCAGAUGUUGCAGUUGAGUCGCCAACAACACCUGAGAUUAAACUUGUGCAUGAGGUUCCAGAAUUUGAUGUCGAAGAACCUGAAAUGGAGAUAAAGAUAAAGGCCUCAGCAGAUGUUGAGGAGCCUGAGAUACCCGAGAUAAAGGGAGAGGUGCAGCCUGAAAUUAAGCUUGUUAUGGAUGUUCCAGAAGUCGAUCUCUCAGCUGAUGUAAAAAUCAGGGAGAAAGAUGACGAUGACGAGGAUAAGAAGAAAAAGAGGGAAUCAGCUGCCAGCGAUGACAGCGACCACAAGCACAAGCACAAGUUCAAGCUCCCGAAGUUCCCAAGUUUCCAUUUUGGUGGAAAGCAUAAGCAUGAUAAGCCGAAAAAAGAGGUCGAUGUAAAAGUGAAGACGCCAGAUCAGCCUGAAAUCAAGUUGGUUUUAGAAACACCAGAAACUCAGGUGAAGGAUCCAGAGAUUGAGAUUCCAGAGAUAAAGGCCUCUGCAGAGGUUGAGGAGCCUGAGAUACCCGAGAUAAAGGGAGAGGUACAGCCUGAAAUUAAAUUUGUUAUGGACGUCCCAGAUUACGAUCUCUCAGCUGAUGUGAAGGUGGAGGAGCCUGAGAUACCCGAGAUAAAGGGAGAGGUGCAGCCUGAAAUCAAGCUUGUUAUGGAUGUUCCAGAAGUCGAUCUCUCAGCUGAUGUGAAAAUCAGGGAGAAAGAUGACGAUGACGAGGAUAAGAAGAAAAAGAGGGAAUCAGCUGCCAGCGAUGACGGCGACCAUAAGCACAAGCACAAGUUCAAGCUCCCGAAGUUCCCAAGUUUCCAUUUUGGUGGAAAGCAUAAGCAUGAUAAGCCGAAAAAAGAGGUCGAUGUAAAAGUGAAGACGCCAGAUCAGCCUGAAAUCAAGUUGGUUUUAGAAACACCAGAACUGCAGGUCGAGGAGGCAGAGGUUGAGAUACCAGAGAUAAAGGGAGAGGCAGAGCCUGACAUUAAGCUUGUAAUGGACGUUCCAGACGUCGAUCUCGCAGCUGAUGUGAAGGUUGAAGAGCCUGAGAUACGCGAGAUAAAGGUUUCUGCAGAGUUUGAGGAGCCUGAGAUACCCGAGAUAAAGGGAGAGGUGCAGCCUGAAAUCAAGCUUGUUAUGGAUGUUCCAGAUGUCGAUCUCUCAGCUGAUGUGCAAAUCAGGGAGAAAGAUGACGAUGACGAGGAUAAGAAGAGAAAGAGGGAAUCAGCUGCCAGCGAUGACAGCGACCACAAGCACAAGCACAAGUUCAAGCUCCCGAAGUUCCCAAGUUUCCAUUUUGGUGGAAAGCAUAAGCAUGAUAAGCCGAAAAAAGAGGUCGAUGUAAAAGUGAAGACGCCAGAUCAGCCUGAAAUCAAGUUGGUUUUAGAAACACCAGAAACUCAGGUGAAGGAGCCGGAGAUUGAAAUUCCAGAGAUAAAGGCCUCUGCAGAGGUUGAGGAGCCUGAUAUUCCCGAGAUAAAGGGAGAGGUACAGCCUGAAAUUAAAGUUGUUAUGGGGGUCCCAGAUGUCGAUUUCUCGGCUGAUGUGAAGCUCAAGGAGAAGGAUGACGAUGAAGAAGAUAAGGAGGGAAAGAGGAAAUCAACUUCCAGCGAUGACAGUGACCACAAGCACAGAUUCCAUCUUCCACAUUUCCAUCUGGGAAAACAUAAACAUGAUAAACCUGAUGUGGACGCUGAGGUAAAGGUGGAUUCACCAACUCAACCUGAGAUGAAGUUAGUUUUAGAACCUCCAAGUCCAGAAUUGGAUGUUGAGGCAUCUGGAGAAGUUCCACAACCAAAGGAAAAGGAAGAUCUUGAAAAGGAAGGGGAUCAUGAACAUAAACACAAGUUCAAACUACCUAGCUUCGGUUUUCACAAACAUGACAAAGAAGCUGAAAGUCCGAAGGAAGAACCUGAGUAUAAACUCGUGUUUGAAGCCCCAACACCGAAGGUCGACGUUGAUGGUCCUGAGCCACACGCUCAUGCUGACUUCCGAAAACCUGAUGUUGAUAUUGAAGGUGAAGCAAAGAUGGAAUUUGGUCUCCCAGAGCCUGAGCUGAAAUUCGAUGUUCCUCAACCAGAGGUAGAUGUUGAUGGUGAUUUUGAUGGCCUUAAAAUUGGAGAGGGGGAAGAAGUAGAAGUGGUCAAAGUCUCUACCAAGUUUAUCCCCGAGGGUUAUGAACAGCCUGAAGAGGCUGUCGCCGAGCGAGAGAUAGAACUGCCAGAACAGCCUGACAUCAGCCUCGUGUUUGACACGCCAGAAGUACCUGAGCUGGAUGUGACAGCUGCAGUGAAGAAGCCAGAACCUGAGGUAACAUUGUUGAUUGAAACUCCAGAGGUCAAGGUCGAUGGAGAGCCAAAGAAAAAGAAGGAGAAGAAGUUCAGGAUUCCAUCGUUCCACUUCAAGAAACAAAAGGGUGAGAAACCGGAUGAAGCUGAUAAGAAGCCCGAUGAACACAAACAUGAACAUAAGUUUAAGUUACCCUCUUUCCAUCUUAAGAAACAUGCUCAUGAGGAAGAGAAGCCAAAGGAGGAAAAUAAGGAACCGGAGGAGUCAACAAAAGAGGCGAAACCGGAGCCUGAAAUCAAUUUGGUCAUUGAUGCACCGGAGGUCAAUUUCCCCGAGGCCAGGAUCGAGAUUGAAGGUGGCAUCAAAGCCCCAGCUGAACCUAGGAUAGAAAUGGGUGUUGAGAAGCCUGAGGAGCCUAAAGUGGAGUUUGUUGCACCUGUUGAACAAGGAGAUAAGGAACCCGUGCGGUUCUUAGUCCGUGAGGACGAGGAGAAGGAGAAAGAACCUGACAAACCAAAACAGAAAGGUAUCUCCUUUUCCUUCAGGCUUCCAAGGUCCGAAAAGAAACCGGAGGUUGAGAAGAGACCAAGACCAAAGUCUGCUGACAUUGGUGCUGAGGUGGAAUUCGAUAGACCAGGAAGAGCACACUCUGAGGAGCCGGAAAGCGAGGACAAGAAAGAUAAGAAGAAGAAGAAGCAUUUCUUCUCCUUUGGCUUUAGAAAAGAUAAAAAACCAGAAGUUGAGAAGCAAGUGGAAGAGAAAGAACCUUCUGCAACAGAAUCUGUUGAGUUUAAAAUACCCGAGUUUGAAGGGCAGUUAGUUGUAGACACUCCCAAAGUUGAUACUGUCCCAGUCGUUGAAGGGCCUGAAGAACCAAAGAGGCCUGCCUUUGAACUGGAACCAGAAGCCGAGCUUGGCGUUGAUGUUGAAAUUGUAAAGGUCUCAUCAAAAUUUAUCCCCGAAGGCCAUGAAGAUACCAAGGUUGAUGUGGCAGUGAGAGUUGAUGAGCCAGAUAAGCCUGAAAGAAGUGAAGUUGAAAAGGUUGUGGACCAAAUUGUUGAUGACAUCAUCAAUGAAACCAAGCUCAAGGUUGCUGGUUCAGUUGUGCUGCCAAAGGUUGAAGUCGAAGGUGAAGUUGAAACAGAGAGAGAAGUUGAGAAAAAGGCUGACGAUGAAGAUAGACCAAAGAAAAAGGUUGAUCUGCCUAAGAAACGGAGCUUCCUAGAAAAGAUUGGUGUCAGGAAGGUUCCAAGGAAUAAGGUCGAGGACGAGCCUGAAGUUGAAGGUGCAGUUGGUGUGAAGGUCAAAACCCCUGAUGUUGAUGAACCACUGCGGUACUUUGUCUUGGAAGGUGAGCAGCAGGAGCACCCAAAUAAUGGUUGGUCUAAAACUGAUAAACCCAAAGAAAAGGAUGAAUUGAAACCAGAGCAUAAAACGAAUAACAAAAAAGAAAAGGAGAAGAGAAAGAGUUGGCUGGUGAGCUGGGGUUUGAAGAAAGAGCCACACGAGCACGAGCAUGAGAAACCAGCCGAUGCAAAGCUGGUUGUGCAAAGGCCUGAAGUACCACAGCCUCAGGGUGAAGCCGAGAUAGAGUUCGAUUUUGAGUUCCCAGAUUCACCGACUGUGUCAAUACCUGAGCCUUCAAUCCAAGUUGAAGAAGAUUUAUGCCUUGAAAUAAGAACAACGCCAACAAAGCCAGAGGCACCAAUGCAAGAGAAAUUAGUGGAGAUCCCUGAUGACCAUCCAAUAUGUUCACUUCUUGACCAGCUCAGGGAUGAAAGUCCAACAAGAGAGUCUGAAAUGUCGUCUGCUGGAGAAUCUGAAUGUUUUGAGUAUAGGAAAACACCCAUAAGACUCCCAUCCUUAGAUUUACCAGAUGACAUGAAAGAUGAUGAGCAUGUUUUGAUCGUUGAGCCUGGGGCAAGAAUCAGCUUAGAAAUUCCCGAGGUUAAAACAGACAAGGAGGAUGAAAAGGCUGACAGCCCGAGAGAUAAAAAGGACCACAAACAUAAAGAGCCUAAGGAUAAGGAAAAGAGGCGAAGCUGGUUUGCCAAACUAGGUUUUAAGAAGGAGCCUGAAGGGCAAGUGGAGGUUGUGGUGCCCAGGGUGGAGGUACCUGAUGUUGAGGGAACGAUUGAAGUGUCGGUUGCACCUGCUGUUGAGUCUACUCCGUCUCCUGUGGAGAAGGAGCACAUGAGGUACCUGGUGAUUGAGCCUGAUGAGGAAAAGGACAUGGAAAAAGAAGAGGAGAGAGAGAAGGAGAAGGAGAGGGAAAAGGAAAAGGCUGACGAAGAUAAGCUGAAGGCAUUGGAGAGGGAAGAUAAGAAGGAGCCAAAAGAUAAAGAGAAGAGAAAAAGCUGGUUAUUUUCCCUUGGUUUGAGGAAAGAGGAGCACCCGAAAGAGGCAAAACCUGAAGCCGUCCCCGCUGAUGAAACAGAGCCUGAAGUUGUCCCUCAGGUAGAGCUACACGUCGAAGCCGAGCCAAAUAUAACAUUGGAGUCACCUGAAAUACAACUGGUCUUAGAAGGUGUCCAAUCUGACGAAGAAGCGCCGAAAGAAGUGAAAGACACUAAGUCACCGAAAAAGAAGAAACUUACACCAUUUAAGAUUAAAAAGAGGAAGGAAAAGAAGCCGAAGUCGCCAAAGAAAGGCAAAAGUCCGAAGGGGAAGACGCCAAAGAAGAAGAAGGGAAUCGAGGAUACUGAUGAGCCUCAGACGAUUGGUGUGACGCCUGAGAAACUCCAGGAGGGACCAGCGUUGUUUAUUGAACGGGAUGAGAUUAGCUUAGCUGACAGGUACGCGAUCAGCGAGGGAAGAACACCAGACAUGUCUCCGUUCAAAGCAUCAGUCGAGCCUCCCUGUCUAGACAUCCCUGAGGUCGACUCCGAUGCAAUUGUUGCUGAUCCUAUACUUAUUCCAAGGUCACAGCAGCGGCCUCUGAGUGGCGAGUCGCAGGAUGAGAACUCGAGUAAGACUGGAACCAUCCGAUUAUACUUUAACAACCAGAACGUGAGAGAUGAGGACCGUGAUCGACCGGAAACAGUCGUCUUGCCGAUUAACUUCGAUGAGUAUAUGACUGUUCUGUUGUACAAUCCGUACGACGAGGAUUCUCAAUGGAUCGAGGAAAAAGGAUUACGGUCGUGGAUGGGUCAUCAAAAACACCGGAUCUUCAAUGUUGGCCUAAAAAUCAAGCGCCGUCACGACGGGAAUGGUUUAUAUGUGAAAUUUAAAUAUCAGGACGGUCUUUAUGGUUUAACGAGGACAUACUAUGGGGACGUUAAUAUUAAGAAUCUUCAAAAUGGCAAAUGUCUCCACUGCUCUAUCUACACGGAUCAUGACGUUUACAUCAUGGAAUUAAAUAACCCGCCCACUCAUCAGGAAAAUAUCAUGGAUGGGAAAUUAUACCGUGAUCAAUUCACGAGCGGGUCUAAAUCGCGGUGGGAUGCGGCCAUCACCCGAUCCCAUCAGAAGGUACACGUCGUUACUGUUUAAAAGCGCCAAAGAGUCAGGGUGACUUUUAUACACAUAUAUUUUUGUACUAAAAAGACGAAUUAUUCCACAAUGAGACUUGAGCAUGAAUUUUAUAUAAAGACAGCUUUUGAUUUGUAUAAAUUCCACAGAGCAAUGCAAUGUUGCUAUGUACAAAAUGCAGCAUAUAUUUAAUGGAGACUAAUCUGUGUACAGUCGUCGUGUGUAGUCGCUUUCUCUCUUGGAUAGUACUGACCCAAGUGGAACUCUGUGUUGUGCUUUUUUCGGAUAUAUAAGCACUGCAAUUGGGAGGAGUUGCGAGGACUUACAAAAACUCCAAAUAAAAACACAUACGAUACAGUCUUGGCUGUUAUCUUGUGUGCUUUUUAAGACUUUUGAAUUCUCAAAAAAUGGAUUACGUACAUUCUUGAAUGCUGCCGUGCUGUGGAAACGCAAUGCUUGGAUCUAGUAUAACUAUGGAAUAAUUUACGAUAAAUAUGAAUUCGUACAUUGGAAACGCGCAGACCCUGGCCACACAUUUCUUGUACAUCUGUUGUAUCACUUACUCACAUCAGUGACGACAUCAAAGUGUUCUCACGAGACAAUGACGACAAGCACAACGCGAAGUGCCAUAUUGCUUGAAUAUCGGUGGGUUCGAACGUCAGUGCUCCCAAAAACCCGACAAACUUUGUUGCCAGAUUUUUAUGAACAGUCGGAGAUCUCAGUAAUUUACUAGUACGACAACUACUGUAAAUAGCCAUGAUGUACAUAUAGGGUGGAUAGAGGUCCUAAAUUAGCAGUUUUAAACUGACAGAUUUUCACAAUAUUUGCGCAGGAUUCGGAUAAAGCUUUUGUAACGUUUAUCAAAUUGAUUUUGGCCAACUUUAAAACGUUUAAGUAAACACGAGUCUAAUGAUUUAAGGACAGUUUACUGGUGGUUUCAAGGCCGGAUGAAGUGCCUGACCGUCGUGACGGCGACUCCUCCGUACAGGAUCACCAUACACAUGUAGGCCACGGAGGAACAUCAAUUGGAAAGGAGUCAGACCCGCCUUUCGGGGUGCAGGACAGGCUGAGGGUCAUGAGGAUACUCACUGAGGACACUCAUGCGUUUUAAAGGACGAUACCCCAACAUGGGGCCUACGUAUUUCGUAACACUGAGCUUUCGUUGUGCGUGCAACUCACUUGCUUUUUAGCGCAGUUUUGUUUAACGUUAGAGAGUUAAUCAUUUGGGAAAAACAUUUCGUUCCAUGUUAGGAGAUAUGAUGGAUUCAAACAGCGAAAAUUGUCUACCAUGCUAUUUCGGUUAUUUAACUGAUGAAUUGACGCCAGAGACAGAGUUUUGGAACAUCUCCACAGAAAAAAUGAGGGAAAAGUGUUGUCCUGAGGUAAAGUGUUUGUCCAAGGAGUAGAAGAGUAGUUGUAACAACAGACGCACUAACAAUACGUUAAAGGAGCCAAUGCACCUACUAUCCCUUCAUCGCACUCAGUGUUUCAGAUCAGAACAUUAGCUUUACCUAAAAUGCCACCGGCAUUUCAAUUUGUGUUUUAGCGUUGAGAGCCACUGCCAAACUGUUAGAGAGUCCUGCUGGAUAUUCGCCCCAACCUUUGGAAUGGUCGUAAGCGUGUUAGUUUGAUUAUAGACAUUAUUUAGUAUAGCUGUCGUCUUUGCUGUAACUUGCCAUAAUCUUUUAGUGGAGAUAUUACUCUGGAAUACAAGGAAAAGUCGAAUUGUCUAAAAUGUGCAGAUUCCGGUACUCAGGGAUGGACCCACAGGAUCGCCCCAGGAACAUUACGAUUGAGCACGUAACCGCGUAAGGGAUAUUACAGUAACGUACCAAUAGCAACACGCAUCCAUAUUGAAUAAAUUAGCUAACGGGCCAAAACCAUUGUUAUUGAUACAAUGAAACCGCACUUUCAAUGAUAAAAAGGGAAAUAUCACCACCUUACUUCAAGAUUUCUGCGCUACGUGAUUGCCUCUGAAUACUAAUCCACCGCGUGGAUAACUGGGUUGCUGAGGUCGGUGAGCUAGAUGCUCUGAUGUUGCCAUGGCAACCUAAAGGAUUGAUUUACGAAAAACAUUUAUAGGAAGAGGCCGUGACUUUCCGAGUAGCUAAAGAGGGCUUCGAGGAGCUGAAUUCUCGGAAUAGGAUGCAAUAAACUGUAUGCAUAAUAAAAUUGAACAUUUAUCAUGGUGGCGGAAACAACAACGAACGGGAGGAUGCGCGUGAAAGAAGAAAUUGACAAAAAGAGAGAAUUUCAAUGAAUCCUUUAUCAGGCUAUGAAUUAACAGCUGGCGUUACAUAUCUAAUUGAAAACGAAUCACUCACAAAAACGAACAAGAUAAAAUAAAUGUGGCUCGUAGCAAACGUAAAUUUGCGCUUGACAUAAUUUUACACAUCGAGUGAAAACCUAUAUUUUUACUGCAAUGAAUUGUGAUUGCGGCCGAUGAUUAUUUAGAUUUUAAUGAAAUAGUUCCGCGCAUUCCUUCCAUGGAAAUCAUUUGAUUAAACAACUGACGCGUAUAUAAAAGGGUAACCAAACACGUGUAAAGGAUGAUGGUUUGGUGCGUUCCUGCUGCUGGUGGGUCGAUUGGAUGCGCCUGGUAGAAGCCGGAGGUCCGGGCAGCGGAUGGAUACACGAGAAUCGAUUGGCGACGAGAUGUCCAAGAGGGGGUUGUCGGCGCUGCUGCCAUGACCUGGCUGAUGCUUUUGCAUAUGGGAGGAGGGAGCUAUAGGCCGCCAGAAUACACGAAGACCGCAACCAUCAGUAGUCGAUCGUGUUCGACUGCAAAUGCCAAGCUCCCUAGAUAUGCAACUCGCUUUCGUUACCAUGGCAACCGGCAUUUCCUGAAAAGCGCCAAUCAGCGGCGUUCUAUUCAACGAACGCUGCAUUUCCCAAUCAGGUAUCGAACAUUGAGGAUCGGUAACUUUCGCAAGCAUUAGACAAUAAUGUUCUUCUUCUGUCACAUAUAUAAUUGUGAACUAAACCUCAGCACAGGUCCAACCCCAUUUUUUCCGCUGUAGAUUUUCGUAGUUGACCUAAAAAUCUUUGCUGAGGUUUAGAACAACUCCAUCUGUCAGACUGUUUGGAUGAUGUAUAUUUUUCCAUGCUGACAAGAAACAAGAAUCUGCACAUAUCACUUGAAGUAUGCACACAUGUCUCGGUUCUUGUUAGCGAUAGAAGGUUUGGUCAUCUGAGUUACGAGGUUAUCAGAAAAAAGACACUGCUGGUAGAAACGGCUUCAUUGCAACAAUUAGAAAUAUUAACAUGUUUUGAUGUUUUCACUCUUGUUAGGGAUACAUUAUGUUAAAAAGCUUUUGCCAUUUGUAUUCCAUUGCAAAUUGUAAUUCCUGCAUUGAAUAGUUUUGAGAGUAGACACAGUAAUAUCUCCAUUCACCAUCAUCGUUUUUGAAUUGAUUUGUUGUACCUGUGUGCAAUCAUUAUAGUUUACUAUCACGUUGUUGGUGUUGUGUGGCAGCAAAUUUUGUUCAUUUUUGAUUAAUAUUAUAGUGUGGAGCAGGACGGAGACCUACGAAAUGAUGUGCAAUUAUAAACGUGGUUAAAAUGCUCAGAAGCGAGUCAUUUGUAGCCCCAUUUUGAGGCCACACGUGUCACCAGACUGCAUGGUGGCUCUCGACGCCAGAACUAGGUCGACGACUAACCCGGGUAGCCAGGUGGUUCGAUCUCAUUUUCAUAUUCGAUCAGCUGAGGGGGAGCUAAAAUGACUCGCUUCGUUGUGGAGGGAGAGAACAAUCCUGCAUUGGGUCACUGUUAGUUUUUAUAUAGUGUUCAGACCUUGGUGCACGCUGAGUAAAACAUGAUCAUGUGAGUCAAAAGUAGGCCUUAUAACCGCCAGGGGGAUGGCCGACAUGAUCAUAGAAGAUGAAAUUCUGCGAUAAAAACAUAUUAAUGAUCCACCUUGGAAGGACAUAUAAUUAGAAAAUGUGUGGAUAUGUAUACUUGGCACUUCUAUUCUGUUUCUUGUACUCAAAUUUUUAACUAGCUGUUAUAUAAAUGCAUUGAUUACAAAGCGCACUUCGUUCUCAUUGUCAACUGUAGUUAGAUCUUUGUUUUCUGUUGUGAGAGAUGUCUCAAGUUUACUAGAACAUGCUUUUUAUCGUCAGCAUUUAUUUUGCACUGUAGAUUAGAGAUUGUAGCCGCCAUGACCACUACGCAUUUGAUGAUUUUGCCCAAAUGGCCCUACUUUGCACAGCGGAAGUAGAUCCAAAGCACUCACAAAAUGGCGCCGACCAAGGUGGAUCAUUAUGAAUGACGAAUUUAUCGCCAACUGGGUUUUCCGCUGCGGAUGACCCGAGAGUAUCCAUACAAUAUUGAACACUUUCCUGUUUCCAUACAGCAAUAAUUGACGUAAUUCAUUGUUUAAUAAUUCAAAUGUCUUAUAGUUAGAAAUAUAGAUGUAUCAUUAUAUAUAGGUUAAUUGUGUUAAUAAAGGGUGAGGUCUAACCUCGACCCGUUGGUAAUAUUUAGUUAUAGCGGAUCGUCUACCUGUAUUUGUCACCUGCAUGAGAUAUCUUAAUAAUGUGUACUGUGUACGAGGUUGAGGAUUUGUUGAUUCGUUGACUUCACAUCGAUCCUAUUUUGCAUGACAAACGAGGUGAAAAGAAUCGGAACAUGGAACCAACAAAUGUUGGUAAUUAUAGAUCAAAGCUAAUUUAAGUAGCCACCGCUAUCACUAUCAUGAUUUGUAUAAAUCCAUAAGCAUUUGUUCUGAUCACAUCAUGAGACAACAUCCUCAGGCUUUAUUGCAAAGGGAUUAUACAAUAUCUUGGCAUCAUCAUCAUGAAGUAAACAUUCUGCAGCAUAAGGGUCAUGUGAUACACAAUAACAAGUGUUGUUUCAUAUUGUAUGCACGGCGUCUUUAAAAUAGACACGUACAUGUAACUAUAGUUGCACUAUUCGUCACGUAGUAGCCAUAUUUGUACAUGUGACCAUCAUCAUCACACAGCCUUAUCAAGAUUUCGACCGAUUGUGCGGCUGGGUAGAUUAAUAUUGAGAGGCUAAACGAAAAUUAAGUCGAACUUGACUCUUUUCACAUCGGGCUAGUUCACGUGCAACGUCGUGCAAUAUUCAAAUUAUGCUAUAUUGAUGCUUUGAACCAGUGUAUUUUUCGUAUUGAAAAUGGCCGUGUGUCAGCUAUAUGCCGCCCUGAAUUGCGAUAAAGAUAUUUUCGAGUGGCAUAUUUGUGUAGCGAUUUAGAACAUGUACUUGUGUGUACAGUACAUGCAUAAUAACUCUGACAGUUUGGGCGCUUUCUUGAAAAGUUAUAUCAGCAGAGUUAAUGGACGUAGCAUGUUAGACUAGAGAAACGUUCGCUAAAUUCACUAUCAUGAGCAGCACACCUGAAGGGCGAAUUUUACUUUGGUAUCAUUGUACUUGUCAUGGCUGAAUAAGAAAAAAACCGAUGAUAUACUAAACGCCGAUUAGCGUGGACUCGCUUUGGUGCUACUAUCAAUUUAUUACAACUGAGGAAGAUGUGAAUUAUUCUUGAUUGACAACAACUCGAAUAUAAAGAUUGUCAUAUUAUUCAAAAUCACGACGAAGACAAAAUUUCGGUUGUAUCAGCUAGCAUUAUGUAAAUACGUUAUGCUCCAUCAACAUCAUUGAGUGUCUUUGUUCACUUUUCAAAUGUGCUGCUGAUGAACAUAUCUAAUUGCUUCUUACGUGCCGAGGGGACUCAGGAUAAUUUCUGUAAACUUCUUUAUAUUCAGUAGGUGCCAUAUCAGAUACUUUUCUGAAAAAAAUGGUGACAUUUCUUUUGGCAGACAAAUAAAGGGAUUAAUGGAAAAUUUGUACAUAUCAAA